UGUCUGCCUUGGCCUUCGAUUGGCUCAGUCAUCACCAGCGCUGACUUGCAAUUGGUCGGCUCAAAUUCGUCUCCCCUUCCAUCUCGGGACUUCCGCUUCCGGUUCUGUCGGAGGUUUCGGCUGUAAAGAUGAUCGGAGACAUCCUGCUCUUCGGGACGCUACUGAUGAACGCCGGAGCGGUGCUUAAUUUUAAGCUGAAAAAGAAGGACACACAAGGCUUUGGGGAGGAAUCCAGGGAACCUGGCACAGGUGACAACAUCCGGGAGUUCUUACUGAGCCUCAGAUACUUCCGAAUCUUCAUCGCCCUGUGGAAUGUUUUCAUGAUGUUCUGCAUGAUCGUGCUGUUUGGCUCCUGAGCUCCAGAUACGGAACUAAGAACACACCUUCCUAGAUGCCGAGUCUUUCUUCAUUCCUGAUAACUUCAAGAAUGUUUCUGACUGGAAAACUGGUGACCUCCCCAGAAAGCCCAAGCUUGUGGUGGGUGGAAAAAAAUGUUCGCCAAGAUGCACUUGGUUUCCCGGCCACAUCACCAUUUUGUUUUUAAAGACAUUUUCCCAUUGGUCUCUGCAUUGAAAUGUUGCCUACUUAAGGAGUUUCGUGAGGGGUUGUGAUAACAUUGCAUUCCCCAUAGAAAAGGUAGUUUUUAUCAGAGUGAAAUCCUACUUCCACCAGGCUUUCACUGGAAACAUGUUUCUGGCUAUUUCUCUCUGUAUUUUUAAUAACUGUUGCUUUGGUUUGAAUUAAACAGAUUUUUAGAAAUCGUUUAUUUCUGAGGAUCUGAAGCAGAAAAGUUGGCUUUUAAGUUUGAUGAAGCCUCUUUAUUGGACUCUGUUUGUGAAUAACAGAGUUCAUUGUUGCUAGGUCUGAAUCCAAGUUCCUUCUCUGUUAUAGUAGGUUCUGCUUGGCCAUUCAGUGUAGCUGUUACCCCCAGGACUUUAAGAAUGAAAUAUUACUGGUUCCCAUGGAAAAGAGGUAUAGAACAGCUGACAGGGGCAGACGGGUGUUUUAUGAGAAAUUUUGCUUGGUUUUGAAAGCACUCUGUUAAGGAACCAUUAAUUGUACAAUUAAAAAAAUUUUUAAAGAUUUUUUAAUUUAUUUUUAGAGAGAUGGGAAGUAAUGUACAAGAGAAACAUCCAUCAGUUGGUUGCCUUGCAUACCCCAAACCAGGGACUUGUCCUGCAACCCAGGCAUGUGCCCUGACCAGGAAUCGAACCAGCGACCCUCCAUUUUACAGGCCAGUGCUCAAUUCAGUGAGCCACACCAGCCAGGGCUGUACAAUUUGUAGAGAGAAUGAUUUAUGUGGUAAUGUUGGGACCUAGUUCUGAAGCUUGAGGUUUUUGGGUCUGUUUUUUAAGUGGGGGAUUUCAAGGUUUAAAAAAUAACGAGCUUCACCUGAGCAUUUUUGACAGACGCUUUGAAAGAGAGUCUGGUUUAUUUGCCAAAGUGAAAUGCUGGUGGUCAGCACCUGGAUCCCAGAGAUGUUUGAUUUGUCUGUUGUGGUUUUUGAAAUCCUGACUUGUAGGUAAACCUGGUGGGAGGAAGAAGCCAACACGCAGGCUUUUAGAACUAAGUGAGCAUUGAGCGUUGAAAAUGAAUCUCAUUUUCCCAAAAGACCUUUUGUUUUAUAUUUUCGACCAAGAAGUUGACACUAACUUGAGUCAUUUUGAUUAGGCCGUGUGAAACACCUAGGAGUCAUUUUGGAGGCUAUCAAAAAGGAACAAUGUUCCCUUUUGGAUUCUGCUCAAUGAAUGUUGGACAAGGAUGGACAAAUAAGAUUCUGACCUGACUGCACCUAGAAUAGAAAGGGCCAUUGGUAACGGUAGAUUUCACUAGACUAGGGUCAAGUCCACUUGUACUACUGCUCAGCUAACGUCAUUCUACUUCAUUGCUUCUGUAGUUUAUUCCCUUGUCAAAUCUGGCCAGGCAUCUCCCCGUAGUUUGUAAGUAUCAGGGUGCAUAGCUUCUGAGUUAGUUUUGCCCAGGCCUGAGUUCUUGGAGCAAGAAUGUAUGUGCCAAAAUCUUGGCUGGUCAUUCUUCAGGCUGCAUGAAUGGUGUGAGGAAACCUCUGCCUCAUUCAGAUUCACACUGACAUUUCAAUGAGGCAAGGCAUUUGUGUGUUAUGGGAAUGAAUUAUUCUAAGACAAUGGUGUCAUUGAGAUUUUGUUUCAAUAAUUGUAUUUUUUUUUCCAGAUAACUAUUAUCUCAUUGUUAAGUUCUCAUAAACAGGGUGACUUUGGGGGAUGCAUGAUGGAGCCUGCAGUACAUUUUAAAACCGCAUAUCAUGAAUCCUUAGGAAGCUUUUCAGGAAUGCUUACUGGUAUCAAAGCUUAUCAGAGGUAGAAUUUUGGGUGCAUAGGAUCCCACAACAUUUAAGUGCUCAUGUUCAGGGUCAGUUAGAUAAGAGGUUGGAUUUCACCUCUGUUCCUUAUUGGAGGAACCUUGGCUAACUGUUUCCCCUCUCUAAGCCUCAGUUUCCAUAUCUCUAAAAUGGGCUUGAAAGUCACACUCACUUGGGUUUGUUGUAAAGUUCGGUGAAUUUGAACUUGGGCUGGGCCCUUGAGCAGAUGCCCAGCACUGGGUAAGCACUUGAUAUCUAUGGGUUUCCUCAUUGCCAUGUUUUCUCUCUUCUCACCUAGAUUCAUUCGUUCAGUCCACACCUGCGCCAUGAAGGGGCGAUCACAACAAUUUAAAAAAAUGGAAACAAUUUCCAGCAUGGAAAAUCUUUCCCCAUCUUCCCAUUUCCUAUACAGUGUUUUCCUUAUGCCGGUUGGUAUAUACCACACAGUUCCAGUGGUGGGAGAGGCAGUUCCGGCUCUGCUGUUUUCAUUGCAGCGUCACUUCCUUCAUAUUUUCUGGGCUGCCAGAAAGGCUUCAUGGUCCUCAUUUUUAAUUACUGUGCAGGGUCAAUAAAUUUCUUUUUAAGCUAGGCCUUCUCGCUUGAUUCAGUUGUACUUUGUCCACUGUUAUAAAUAUCACAGCUGUCACCAGUGUUAGGACCUUCACUGGCUUCCCUCACUGGUACUUCCAGGAGCGCUCCAGAAGGUGACAUUAUUAUGUACCACCAUUAUGGCUUUAGUGGCUUUCAUUUAUUUUAUUUUGUUUUAGUUUCUUAACUAUCAAUGCAUGUUUAUUUUAGAAAAAGUAUUAUGUAAUACAGCUUGUUUCUGUAUUUUUCCCUACAGUAACAUUCUUAAUAACUGCAGAUAAGCCAUUGUAAGGAUAUAUUGAUUAAUUUAACCACCUAACUGACGGAGAUUUGAGUUGUCUCCAGUUUUGGUCUGUUGUAAAUAACACUGCAGUAAACAUCUCAGUGUAUCAUUCCUGGUGGCUUUUUGAGGUCACUGUUAAAAAGAGAUCCACCUUGACAACUUCAGGCUAAAAAUGCCAAAGAAAAAUGUAUCUUGGACAGUCUGUGUCCUUGUCUUUAUUUUUCAUUCAUUCAAUCAUUUAUUCCUCCACACCUACGUGUAUACGUCCAUACGUACCAAAGGACUUGGUUCUAGACUCCUAUCAGCUCAUCCAAGGUGGGUAUUAGGCAGCUUCAGUUUAGGGUGGGUAUUACACUGCUUCCGUUUAAGCUCUGAAUAAGGAGGUUUUCAGCUCCACCCAGAUAACUGUUUCUUUGUGCAAGCGACAGCAGUUGACAUCACACUAGCUGGCUUUCCACCUUGGCUCAGAAGGAUCUUAACCACCAUCUAAAUAAUAAGCACCCAUUACUUUUUGCUCUGGAGUGUUACCUGAAGGUGCUGCUGAGGUGAGAAGCUGUAUGUGGAGAACAAAGAGAAGGCCUCAGUUUGCAGCGCCCACCCUGGCUGCAGACUUUAGGGUCCACAUUGAACACCCCCCUUGGGGUUUCACAUUGGAAACUUUUUGCUUCUUUCACCCUUGCCAUCUUGAGAAUGGAACACAUCCCUCUUUUGUGUGGAUUUCUCAUAGCACUUUAGUUCCAACUGCUCUAGAUUAGAAACUGGAAACCAUUGAGGCAGCCUGUUUUGUAAAUAAAGUUUUAUUGGCACACAGCCAUCCACGCCCCUUUGGGAAUGUGUUAUCUGUGCCUACUUUGGCUGUGUUUCUGCUAUAAGGAUAGAGUUGCUACUGGAGACCAUCCAUCCUGCAGAGCUGGAAGUAUGGCCUAUCUGACCCAUUUAUAAGACAAAUUUGUCAGCCCCUUAGCCAAGGGAAUGAUGGAGAAUCUCAAGGUGCCCCAUCUCUCCAAAACCACUCAGGUGGAAUAAUUUGUGUGCCUGGUGGUCUGGAUUUUAAUAAAGACAUUUGCAAACAUGUUUUUCAGAAUUGCUGAACAUUGAGCCAGCCACUUUCAGGUGAUACAGUUAAUAGACCAAAACCCAAUUUUAUGUCUCAGUGGUUAGGGGCAAGGUCCCUCCUGAACUCCCUGCUAGUCUUCUGAGCAGCAGCUCCAAGUGAUGAUGAGAUUGGUUGUCCUCUGAAAUGCUUAGAUCUGAAAAGCCAGCAAGAUGCAUUAGUGAAGCAUUUUCUUUUCAUUUCAACUGUUUCAUUAUUUUCUUUUUAACCAAAUUUAAGUUAGGAAAUAUUGACAAACCUCCUGAUGUUUUCCAGUGUUGAUGAAAGAUGUAAGCUCUUUGUGCUUAAAGGAAAAGACAAGCUUUUUUUUUUUUUUUAAUGUAAAUUUGACUUGUUUUGUUUCCACCCUUCCCUUGACUUUCAUUACUAUGCAGAGGAAAGCUCUUACUAGCUUCAGACCCUGCUCUGGCCCCUGAGCAUUCCUGGAACUAAGAGUUUGGUGCUAGCAAGUGUUCCUGGAUGAGACAUCAGGCAAAGGGUCUGUAGCAAAUCAGAAAUUCAAAGUCCACGUUUUUCAACAACAACAACAAAAAAAUGGUAGGAGUUAGUUCAGCAUAAGGCUCCGUGGCUUUCUUUUUGUAUUGACUUACAAGGUGGCACACUGCUGCCCAUGUCUAGCCAACCACCUACCUCUUCACAGCACAGGAGGAAAAAUGGUUUUUACCUUUGUAAAUGGUUAGGGGGAAAUGAAAGGAAAUUCAUGGUUUUUUUGUUCAUAAAUAAAGUUUUAUUGGAAUGCUGCCAUGCCAAAUCAUCUUUGUAUCAUCAGUGGCUGCUCUUGAGCUACAAGAACAGAACUAAAUCAACAUAAGAAAUGUCCAAACCUAUAAGAAUUUUUAAUGAGUUUAUUUGAGCCAAUCUGACAGUUGCCAGAAAGCAAAAUCUCUGAUUGAGAAAAUGCUCCAGAGAAUGGCAGUUAUCACUUUAUUUUAUACAUCAGAGUCAAAGAAGACAUAAAGGGAUCACAUGAAGUCUAUUGGUGAUAGAUUAGGAACACUGGAGAAAGUGAACUGGGUGGGUAUCUCUGGAAUUGGAUAAAAAAUAAAAACGAAUAGACACUUAUCUUACAUAGGUGGGUUAACAAUGACAAUGAGGGCCUCUGGGGUAUCCUGCUCUGGUGGGAGAUUGUGCCCCAGGGGUCUGAUGAAAGGAAAUUACCCUGACAUUCCAAAGGUCUGUUAUUGUGGAUGCAAAAAGACAAUAGACAGGCUUAGUUAGGGUAAAGAUUGACCUUUGUCAAGAAAGAUUCUGGCCUAGGACAGGACUAUCUGCCAAGACUCAAUUUUGGCUGGAAUGUUUUAAUUUCAGAACACCCUGUAUGGUAGCUUUAGGUCUCUGAGACUGUAAGGCCCACCAUGCAGACCUGCCCUGAGCUUGUCAGGCUAAAUAUGGGCUCCAUAGUAUAGAGUUUAGACUAUGCUGGGGAAGUUGUAGAAGUUAUUUUAGGGGGAAUAAAGCUUCAUUGCAUCUAAUUAGAGUUUAGUGUCCAAAUUGAGGAAAAGCAGAAAAGAGGGUUGUGCAAAAAGGAAGAUGGAGGUCUGGCCCAGACCUGGGCUCUGUCACAGAGUGCUGCGGGCGGGCAACAUUGUGGCCUCUCUGUGCUUUCCACGUCCUCUUCUGUGGUAUGUGACAGUGAAGGAGAAAACUUUGACAUCUGCCUCUAACCUGCCUGACACAGGGCAAGCCCUCGGUAAAUGGCAUUGUUUUCAUCAGGAUCAUUACUUUUAUUAAAAGACAUCCCUGAACAGGGUUUUAUGAGGCUUAAAUGAGAUGGUGUAGGCAGCUUGAGCUGCCAUAAUGAAAUGUCACAGACUGGGUGGCUUAAACAACAGACAUUUAUUUUCUUACGGUUCUGGAGGCUGAAAGUACAAGGUCAAGGAUCUGGCAAGGUGAAGGUGAGGCCUCUCUCCUUGGCUUCUAGACGACCACCUUCUGGCUGUGUCCUUUUCUCUUUGUGCAUUUCUGGUGUUUCUCUUCUGGUAAAGGUACCUCUGACAUUGGUUCAGAGGCCUGCCCUUGUGACCUCAUUUAACCUUAAUUAUCUCUUUAAAGGCUCUGUCUUCAAAUGUAGUCACACCGGGGGGUUAGAACUCCAACAUGAAUUAUGAGAGCACACAAGUCAGUCUACAUAUAACAGAUGGUCAAGGGUCUGACCUAUUCAGCAGCUGUUAGUUAUCUCCUAGGCUAAUAGUAUGCUUCGAGGCAUUACUUUUUUUUUUUUGAAGCUGACCCUGAGAACUGCUACAAAGGGAUUUGCCUCCUGAUGUUCCAUUGUAAAGUAUUUGUGUGGAAGUGGAUGGUGGCUUCUACCCUGGCAUCUCAGACUUUGGUGGCCCAUGAGUUCCCUGGGGGUCUUGGUGAAGUAUGGGUUGGAUUUAGCAGGCUGUGGGUGCAGGCUGCAAUUGUGCAUGUCUAACCAGCUCCCAGGGAUUGCUCAUGCUGCUGGUUCCCGAGCCACACUUCGAGUAGUGACAGCCUAUGCUGUUCGUUAAGUAUCCACUAAUCACGUGAUUUUUUUUCAGUUUCCAUCUGAAUUAACUAAAACUAAAACCCCAACCCCUCAGUCACAGUAGCUACAUGUCAACUUCAUUUCAUUGCAGAAAGCUCUAACUGGGCAGUGCUACAUGUAGAGGAGAGGAUGUAAGCCUUUUUUAGUCAAGGGCCUGCCCAGUCUCACUGGGGCAGCUAUAACGAGUGGCCACCAACUUCACAACUUAAGACAGUGUGAACUUGUUAUCUUACCGAUCUGGAGGCCAGAAAUGGAAAAUGGGUGUCACUUGACUAUGGUCAAGGUGUUGGCAGAGCUGGUUCCUUCUGGAGGCUGUGGGGGAAAAUCUGUUUCCUUGCCUUUUCCAGCAUUUAGAGGCCACCCACCUCCUUAGUUUAUGGCCCCUUCCUUCCUGAUCCAAGCCAGGUGGCAUGUCCCCAGCACACAGGAGGUCCUCACUGCCGUGGCUUGCCCCGAAGCCCAGACACCAGAGCCAGUUCCAGAUUCAGAACUCCCACUUUCCAGCCACAUGUCCUGCAUGUGACAGGACACCCCAAGACAUCUGGGCUAGUGCACGCUCAUCAGAGUGAUAUUUCUGUUGCAAAACAUCCAAAAUUCACUCGAAGUUGAACAAGCAAAAAUUGUAAAUGGCUUGACAAGCUUUGCCACCAAAUGGCUUUGUUGUAAACUUAAGGGAAGGUGUAGCCUUCAGAGCUUUGAGAUUCUGGAAUGAAUGGUGGGGAGGGACCCUGGGCCUAUGCUAUCAGUCCUUGUCCUGUCUUUCCAUGGGGAGUCGCCCCCCCUCUCUGGGCAUCAGUGUCUCUGUGACCAGGAUGGCUUAGGCCCAGGUACUGCCUAGGAUUUGACCUCCUCCUCUCUCUGAAGCCUAUGUUGUGUUUGUAGGAAAUGCCUGAGGAGCAUGUUCCCUCUCAUAAUCUUGCUUCUUGUUUGGGGGCUCAGUUUGGUCCCUGAUUUUUUUUUUCUUUAGAAGUUCCAUUGGUCGGUUUGGGGUCUUUUAUCCUGGCUUCUGUCUUGCUUCUGUGUUCCCGCCCUCUUUAUAGCCUCCCUGUUGAUUUUUUUGACAUCUGUCCCUUGACCUUUGCUCCUCAGGGAAAUGGCUUAUACCUGAUUUGGUUCAUGUGCUUCCCUGCAAAUCUGGGAACCCUGGGUUCUGGCCCAGAGUCUUCAUGUGCCAAAAAUCCAGCCACAUGAAUUUGGGGAGAUCACUCCUAGGAGGAAGAACCAGGUCACCUAGUGGGGUAGUUAGGUAACCAGUGUGAAAAGAGGAGAAAACUUACUUAGGGAUGGUAAGAAAUAAGGCUGGCCAGGAACAUGGGCAGCAUAGGAAAUGCACGUGAUGGGUGGUACGUGAAAAGAGGACUUGGAAAGUCCAAGGGCUCAGGUGACAUGAAGUGGGAGACCACUGAGUUUUUGGAGCAGGGGUCAAGAAGAUUCAGACCAUGUGUUAGAGAGGGCUGUCUGGAGCAGAGGAGGCCAGUCCUGGUGAAAGCCACACCAAAUUCAUGGUUUAUCCUACAGUUUCUUUACUGAG